AUGACUUCAACAUUCUCAUCUCUAUUUGGUUAUACACCCAACAUACUAGGGACACCAAAGCCCCCCAAGACACCUCCAAAGGCUCUUCCAGCUUCCUGGUAUCGCUCUCCUGGAAUGCAAUGCAAAAAUACUUUCGUGCAAGUAUCAUGGGUGGUCGUAUGGCAUGAAUGGAAAAUUGGCAAAAGCCCCCGGUUCGACAACGUACCGGAAUUCAAAAAGGAGGAGCAGAGCCUCUUCCCAGUCCAUGUCCAUGUCGACGAUCUAGGUUUUAUCUGGGUCAACCUUGACUCCUCUAAGACCCCUAUUCCGUGGCAUGAGGACUUCAAAGGAGUCGACACACAAGAAAGGUUCCAGAAUUUUGACUUCAGCCAGUACAAGUUCGACCACAUAUGGCAUAUGAAUGGCAACUAUAAUUGGAAGACACUUGCAGACAAUUACAAUGAAUGCUAUCAUUGUACCGUUGCACACCCUGAUGUGGCGAAUCUUGCGGACCUUUCCUAUUAUUACACCGUUUCAACGCCUGGACACAUUCAACACUUCUCUCGACCGAAGGAAGACAAGCUAGACGAAGACAUUCAAAACGCCAGCACCUAUUACUUCCCCAACGCUUGCAUGACAGUGUCACCUCAUUUCUUUUAUCUGAUGCGAUGUGUGCCAACGUCUGCAGGCACCUGCUCCAUGGAAUAUGAAGUUUACCGUCACAAACACGCCUCUGAUAAGGACUUCGAGUACAUCGAUGCUUUCUUCAAGCGAGUACUAGACGAAGACAAACAUCUUUGCAAUGCUGCCCAGAAGAAUUUGAAUGCUGGUGUGUUCGUGAAUGGACAGCUUCAUCCCGAGCUCGAGAGCGCCCCUCUCUUCUUUCAAAAUACCGUCAGACGCCUCUUGGGAGCUCAUCGCGAAGAGGAAAAGCGCCAGAGAAAGGAAAUUUGGCCAGCUCAACAGCAUUCGGCAGGCUCUGCUACCGCGGAAGACAUCGAGUUUUGCUCCGGACUAGCAUGCAGUGAGGGUUCUAGCAGUCUAGAUUGGUAG